AUGACGGGCCCUACUAAACCACUGAACAUCAUCACGGGGGCGGGCAUCGUCGCGGGAGGCGACACGCAGGAGUUCCUGGACAAGUACGACAAGACAAAGACCUGCCCUUCUGUGACGAGUCGCAUCCGCCUCUACCUCAACCAAGAUGGCAGCAUUGGGCAUAGAGAGCACAUGGCGCAGCAGAUGACGAGCUGGGAUUUGCUGUACCAUGUCAACCGAGCGAAUUUUGACAACCUUAGGACUGAGUACGUCCAAGGAAGCUUGAACAAUCUUGAAGGAGAAGGAUAUGGACUUUACGAGUACGGUCGGCAAGUUACCGGCCUAGCCGACGCUGAUGAUCAAGUCAAAGUGUCUUACAGGAGUACUAUCGAAGGGGAGGAUCACGACCAGACCAAACAUGACUUUGCAGACUUUGUCAUCAUUGCCGAUGGAGCCUCGUCAAGUAUGCGAAAAGCAUUGAGCCCCUCGUCUACAGACCGCAGCUAUGCGGGAUAUGUUGCGUUCAGGGGAACAGUCCCCGAAACACAGCUUUCCGAAGAUGCGCGGGCCGUUUUCGUUGAGAAGUUCCCCUUUUACCACAGCAAGCACAUUCAAAUUCUCGCCUAUGCGAUACCGGGGCGUAACGGAACUGUCACACCGGGAUCGAGGCUUAUCAACUGGGUGUGGUACUGGAACGUGAGAGGAGAAAGUGAAGAGUACCAACAAAUAUUCACCGACAAGCACGGCAAGCCUCAUCGGUGGACGCUUCCGCCGGGUAACAAUAUGGAUCAUGGGGUCUGGGAAAAGCAGAAGCAGCGAGCCGCAGAGACAUUGCCGCCUCAGUUCUCAGAGCUCGUCUCGAAGACAGCUUCGCCGUUUGUUCAGGCCAUCACCGAUCUCGAGGCACCGGCAGAUGGCAAAAUAUGGCUGUUUGGGGGAAAGGCGGUCAUAGUCGGCGAUGCAGUUGCUGGGUUCCGGCCACACACCGCUGCGUCAACGAGUCAGGCUGCUUUCCAUGCUUUGACUUUGCCCGAAGUGUUUACUGGCGGGAUGAGCAAAGAGGAUUAUGAGUCUCGGGUCAUGCGCUUUGCGACGAGCUGGCAAAUGCGAGGCGUGAUGAUAGGCAAUAGGAGCCAGUUUGGACCUCAGUAG